UAGUUGAACGGAAUGAUAACUGUAGCUUUGCGGGCGGAAAGGAAGAAACCUUCCUUGAGUUGGACACUUCGUUGUGAACGUGUUGGAUAUUCGUGCUGAUAAUCAGUUUCAGAGGUGUUCCCCGCAGCCCAGCGUAUCACUAUUAUCACUUUCAAUCCGUUCAGUAGUCUUGCUCGUAGCGCGGUAAACCUCCCUUGAACUGAUCGGUCGACGUAGUAGAUCUACAACGCCGCAUGUGUCAAAUCUUCCGCGCGUGUUACACCUUUACGACUAAAUGUACUAGGUGUGUGGGUGUUUCGACAACACUCGUAGAUCGAUCAUUGGCGAAGAUAAGGACACAUUCUGCGACAAGAAGCAGGUCACCUAGCCUAGGGAAAACGAACAUUUCGAAACGAAGAGAAUGCAGAGAAGAACAAGUAAGGUGCAGCUGCCCUCGGCGAAUCAUGCUCGGGUCGCCGCAGCCAGCGCUGACCUGGAGGACAUCCCCGAGGAGGGCAGCGACCCUUCUGGAGUCGACUCUCCACGUCCUGAUGGCGACGGAGACGAAGCGGCGCGUUCCGCUCCCAAGCCGGAAAAGAAGCGACAUCCAGACGGCGUACCUCCAGUGGCCGUUGACCUAGCUGAGUUGAGAGGAAUCAUCCAUAGUCUGGACCCUGGCAUUAUGAGUGCAUCAGACGUGCUGGGCGUUCUGAACGGCCUCAGCACUCUACUACAAGGAGGAGUUUGGAGAAAGGAGAUUCUGAAAGCGGGGUUCUACCAGCGAGUUGUAAAGUACCUGGCCCAUGAUCAGACCAUCGGCUCUGAGGUCUUGACAUUCUUCUUUGAUAUAUUCAGGAAAAUUGACAUGGAUAAUGACUCGCAGAAUAACGCGAAAAAGGAUUGGAACGCUCGAGAAGCGUUCUGGAGCAACAGAGCAUUUACUGCGCUAAAUCUCAACCUGCCAGUUUUCUUCAAGCCUAACCUCAGACUCGCCAUCGACAGUGAAGAAUCGCACAUUACAGUGUUCAAGACCGCCUAUAUCCUUGCCUGGCUCUGCAGGGAACGAGAAGGACGCAAGGAGGUCCAGCGCGCGUCAUGCCCAGUGAGGUGUGUACAAUCACUGCUGAAGCCUUCUACUCCACCCGAUGUAUUGGUGCAAAUCAUGAUGGUUAUCUGCAGGUGUUUGGAGCACGAUGAUGUUCCAGUUGACAGCCUGAAGAUACCGACUAGCUAUGUUAGUGAAACUCAAACUGAUUACCUGUCUGAUCUCCUGGACGUCUAUCUCGUUUCGGAGUAUCGACAAGUACAGAAAUGGACAUUAGGAAUUCUAACCUACCUGGCUGUAAACGAGAGAAUAAGAAUGGCCUUACUGCAGCGGGAUAUCCUAGCCAAACUGGCCAAAUUUCUUGAGCGCAAGGAAUACCGUGACUUGCACGGUGAAGUCUAUUCCAUCAUGGUCCUGCUCUGGUUGAAUCAAGAUGCUGUCAUGAUAACGGCGUGCAAUGGCUGCAGCAUACUCAAGAGUGUUGCAUCCGUCCUGCAGGAACACAUGCUGACCAAUAUCCUGGCUGCAAAACUGGCCGUGCGAGUUCUGCACGACUUCACCUUCCGUGUGUGCAGAGACCCACAGCCUGAAGCCGCCAAAGGAAAACAUAGAAGACGAAGUCAUAUUGAACGAAUACCCCUACCGGGUGAAGUUGCUGAUGUUGACGACAAUGAUGAUGACGACAAUGAUGAUGAUCGAGAAGAGACACCUUCACAGGUCACCUUUCUUCGCCCACAACUCCUUCUCCUUUGCCACCAUGACCUCGACAUUGUGCUUGUCAAGCUGGUCGCUGGCAUGAGGAAAUUCGGAAAUGCACCGUAUUACGAAUACAAAACUUUAACGAAAAGAGCGCUUGACCUGCUGGUGAUGUGGUGGAAAGAGUUGCCGGAUCUUCGACUAAAGCACCUCUUUCAGCUAGACUCAGGUCUACCAAAGGAACUCCUAUACUUGAUUGGGAUGGCUCCCGGUAAGAAAAGCAUAUGGCCCGACUUCCCUUCGUCUGAAAGCAUCAGUUUGCUGGCGAUAAAGACUAUAGCAUGGGUUUUGCAAGAGCUGCCAGUAUUGAGAAGUACGUAUGUGGUCAUGGACACGGCUGUUGAACGGUUUGUGACUGUUGCUAGCCUUCACCAGUAUCACAGAGAGCCUGCAAAGUACGCCAUCCGAAUACUGUGCUCACUACUGCAGGAUUCUAAAGGUGCCGCAUUGAAGAUUCUGGACUAUUCGAUUCUGGAAGUGGUCAUGGACAUGCUUAAAGUGCAAUCCGAGGCUGACGUAAAUCUUCAUGGUUUGGUUUGCAUGCGCCAACUUCUAACGGCGGCGGCGGAAGAAACUGUAUAUAUGAUGCAAGCGAAGAACAUUCUGCAGGCUUUCAUCUCACUCGUGUGCGGGCAUUGCAAAGAAAUCAGCAACGGGAGAAAAAUUGAAGGAUUCAAAUGCUACAUAGAGACCUUGAGGAAGAUCUGCUGUGUGAAAGAAGCAGCCAAGGACUGCUUUCAGGUUUGCCUGCUGGAUUCACUAAAUGAACUAUUGAACAGCAAGAGAAUAUGUGCAGGCACCAAACUAGAACCAGCUCUAGUCUACCCUGGUGUAGUUUCUCUCUGGAACACGAUAGUGAUGAGCUCGCCCACAGCCAAGUUUGCUGUUUGUGGCAUACUGGAACCAGAUGAUAGUGUUCUGGGAGACUUCUGUGUGGACACUGAUCCGGAACACGUCAUUGAUAGGGCAACGAUGUUGACACCUGGGGGAUUUCCCUAUCCUAAGCCUGCCCAGACUGUGUAUGUCCCAAUGCGGUUAACGAAUGAGGGCCUUGCUUGCGAUGUGGUCAGGCGCAAAGCGAACGACCCAAUGUUCUACAAGGGCUACUUUCACCUCAUUGAGCUGAUCAUAGCCACUCAGAUCUGCUUCAGAUCUAGUACCCAGCUUGGGAACCACAGAAUCCAGUCUCAAUUGGCACAAAUGGCAAGAAUUGUGUUUCAUUUCUUCGGUGGAGACGGCAUAUGCGACGCUUUUAUGGAGGCCGGCGCUCGAGAGAGAGCGUUAGACAUUGCCUGGAGCGGGCCCUACCCGCUUACCGCACUUCCUCAAGGAUCUUUUCUUCACCGUGCACUGUUGUACAAGGUGUUGUGUGACAAGUUCGGUAUUCCUUGCAAGUUGAUACGAGCCAAAUCUGGCCGCCGUGCCUGGAGCCUGGUCAGCACACAAUGGCCUGAAUCUGUGGCAAAGAGGCUGGAAGAGCCUAUUUGGAAUGACGCAGAGCUUGGCAUUCCGGCAUUCGAGAACAUAUCCAAGCAGAUCAGCAAGGAAUAUAUUGUGCACCUGGUUGAUGUGGCCGGUGGCCAGAUCUCUGCCAACCAUUGCACGGUGAGAAAGACUGAACUUGGCGACGCUGUCCUGAGCUAUUGGAUAGCACACGACGCAACUCUUGACAUGAAUGAAGAUCAAGAUGAAGGCAGUACAUUUGGUAACAAUUUGAAUCCGGACACUACGAAUACAUCAAGGCCACAAGUCGCAACAGAACAUGUACCGCGGGAGCGUUCUAAACAACAAGACUCGAAGCGCUCCAACCCACGUGGCAAGACAUCAGGUGGAGCUUAUGUUGGCGGGACUUGGUUCUCUGUGGACCUUGCCUUUGAGCCACGUCUCAUUAGAGUGGGCAGCUAUGCAGACAUGAAGCACAGGAAGUGAUGACUGCUGCAAAUUGAUAUCAUCUAGGAGUAGAGUAGAUAUGCUUAGGCAAUGCUGAGGCCGCAUGAAACAUGAUCAUUGCAUUUCCAUCACACUGUCACAUUGUAGCUAGUUAUUCAUGCAGGUUGAUUGCACGUUGCUUCAGAAAACAAUCACUCAGACUGAAAUGCGAUAUGUUAGCAUGCUCCAGUGAUAUUGUCAAUGUCCGGACUGGCGAUGCCGGAAUUGUUGAUGUGUUAUGCGUGCAGUGAUUUAUGAAUUCCAGUGAUAUCAUUGUCUUCUGUAGGGGCUUUCCCUUUUCUGGCCCACAUGAUCACUGAGCUGUAGUUCAUGCAGAUGCCAUACAUGUACAUGUAUGUCUUAGUCAUACAUGUAUUUCCGAUAGGCACAGCAGUAGUGUGUGUGUGUGUGUGUGUGUGUGUGUAUUUGACAUUUAUCCCUAUGCUGCUUCCUCAGUAAGUUGAUAGUGAUACUGUCACCUUAACUCUGCAUGCUUGUUCUAAUUUUAAAGGAUGUCUUUUAAAAAGGAUCAGUGACUGGCACUAUAUGGAAUGCAUGCCAAUCCUGAGCUUGGCAACUUUGUGUUGUGCAUUUUUGGGAGCCUAUCAUGUAACAAAAGAUGAUAUCAUAAACUCCAAACCGGAUGUACGUGUAUUCUCAAAGCGUUCACAGUCCCAGUUGGAUGCAUUCUGACAGUAUUGUAAUAGGAUCUUCUGAUGUCCAUGGAGAAUUGGAGAUUGUUGGCGCGUGGAAACGUCGGA